AUGCUGGAAGGCAAAGAAUUGAUAAAAACAUUUACUUGUAUUGCAUUUUCACCCAACGGUCAAUUACUACUUGCUGGUGGACAAUCAAAUAUUUUUUGUCUUUACAGUGUGGCUGAUAGAAUUAAAGUUCGAUCGUUUAAAUUAAGCAGUAAUUACAGUUUGGAUGGAGUUAAUUUAGAUAUUAAUUAUCGAAAAAUGACAGAAUUUGGAAAUUUAGAUUUAUUUGAUUUAACAGAUUCUGAUGAAGAAGAAACAAAUCCAAAAAAGAGAAUUAGAUUGCCCGGAACAAAACACACCGACCUCUCUGAACGGGCCGUUAGACCAACAAUUUCUAUGUCUAAAAUUGCUUUUUCUCCGAAUGGUUUGGAUUUUGCCGUAGCCUGUACUGAAGGUGUUUGUAUUUAUUCCUUAACAAAACCCCGAAGAUUUGAUCCUUUACAACUUGAAUCAAAUGUUACACCUAAAGAAAUACUUAAUUCAACAAUUAAUGGAGAACAUGUAAAUGCCCUUUCUCUAGCUUUGAGAUUAAAUGAUAAAGAAAUUGUUGAAAGAACAAUUGAAGCAAUACCUGUUGAACAAUUACGUGUUGUUAUUGACAAUUUGGGUAUUUCUUCAGCAGAAUUAUUACUUUAUUGGCUAGCAGCAAACAAAACUGGAGGGCCAAUUCCUUCAAAACAUUUUCAUUUUUAUUUAAUUUUAAUUAAAGAAUUGCUAUAUAAAUAUAGUAAAGAAUUUAAAUUAUUAAUUGAUUUAAAUAAUCCUUCACUAACUGCUAUUCUGGAAUUAUUAACAAGUCAAAGCAAUUUAUUACUUGGAAUGUUUGUUUUUAAUUUAAUUUUUUUUGAAAAAUAA